AUGUCGGGAGUCCAAGUCGAUGCUGAAAUCAACGGUUUGUUUAACGAUAUGAAGAUGAGAAGCACGCACAAGUUUGCACUCUUUAACAUUGAAGGGAAGAAGAAAAUUGUUGCUGACUUGUGUGGGAAUCCAUGCAAAACUGAAACAAAAGAAGAGGAUGAAGCACAGUUCAAUAGAAUGAAGGAGCAACUCACCAAUGAGCCACGAUACAUUUUGUAUGAUUUUGGAUUUAUGAAGAAGGACGGCAGGCGACUUAAUAAGUUGGCAUUCAUCUUCUGGUGAGUGAGGCUGUUCUCCGUAUUUUUUGGUGACCGCGCAUGAAAUUUUCCUUUAGUCUCGAGAAAUUUUAGGCUGGAUUUUACUAGCUCGACAGAGUCAGAGUUGAAAGAGCAUUUUAUUUUAUUAACCUAGUAAAAACAAAAAAUCUGAGUGGUAAAGAGAGUUAUAGGUGCAACAGAAUUGGUAGCGUGCGAGACAGGCGUUUGAAAGGGGAGGGGAAGAGGAUUUCGGGCGCGCGAGGGGAGUGUAGGGAACGCCUGCAAGGACGCUAUGGGUCUUUUUCGUUUUUCACAUCUACCGGAGUGAUGAAAAAAUAAUGAUUACCUUUAUUAAUGAUACCUUAAUCCGGUUAAUUGAAGUCACAAUGACAUCGCGCUAUUUGAAUAACUUGAUCGAUCUACUAAUAACCAUAUGACGAGUGAAGCCAGAAUAUUAUAGAAACUGCAAUAAACUCAACGGAGUCAGUCGACGCCGGGAUUUGAACCUCGGCCACAUUAGUGGGAGGUGAGUGCUCUCCCCCCUGCGUCACCCUUGCUCCCUGAAUUGAUGUAUUACUAAUCAAAGUGCAUUCAUCAAGAGAUUAUUAAGUAAAAAAGGUGUUGGGACAUCUCUUUAGCUUUAGUUUGUAUGAUGAAGUACACCCUUAUUGCCUAGUUCUCAUUUCUACUUAGGAACUGUUUAUAUGACGUGAACCAACCCUGGUCUGUUUGUAGCCUGCGUAGCAAGCGUUUCCAAUAGAGUUUUUGCGCGAAAGUUAGAGCGGAAGCGAAAAAAAGGUUGAAGGGGGAAGGGAGGGUUCCUUCGUUCCCCUCCCCCUCCCCCGUCAUUCAUGUUUUUUUUGCUCUUGUCCCAGCUUUCUAGACGAACCUCGCGAGGAAACGCUUGCUACGCAGGCUAGUCUGUUUGCUGAGAUCUUCCUUCGAGCAACCAAGAUCUCGGCAAACGGGGCAGCCUGCCUUCUCAUAUAAACACAACAACAAUUUUAUACGGAAAAAGAGUAUGAGCCGAAGCAGCCCGGUUAACUUAGCUGGUUCAUCUCAUCUCCCUUUUUUGUUUCAGGUGUGACGAAAAUGCAAAGAUUGGUGACAAAAUGAUUUACGCAUCUUCUAAAGACACCAUCAAAAAGUCCUUCACUGGUUUGUCACUGGAAUUCCAAGCAAACGAUGAGGGCGAUUUGGAUUACAAAACUUUAAGUGAAGAAGUGGAAAAAAGAGCUUCAUAG